GUUACUCGGUUAUGUAACUAUGUCUCUAGAAGCCUUGGUUUCUCCACUUGGGCAUUCAUUUACACAUGAAGGAGUGACAUUGAGGAUUACUCCCAAUGUGAGCAUUGUACUCUUGGAUGUCAAGAUUCAGGCCUUUACACUGGAAGGGGACAAUUUUGGACAAGAUGAUGAAUCUACGUUUAUUAUCUACGAUAUGUUAUAUAAAAUUAUGCAGGACAUUAAUACUUCAGUCAGACAUUGGAGUGUAACCAGGCUUGUCCCAUCAUUCUACACUGUUGUGUUCCUUGUGGCUCUUCCUCUCAAUAUCAUGGCGAUCGUCAUGUUCCUGGUGAAGAUGAAGGUCAGGAAGCCGGCAGUGGUCUACAUGCUGAACCUCGCCAUAGCAGAUACCUUGCUUGUUAGCGUUCUGCCUUUUUAUAUUGUCUACAGAUUCUUGGGAAAUGACUGGAUCUUCGGAGAAGGAAUGUGUCGCUUUGUCACGUCAGCAUAUUACUGUAACAUGUACUGCUCCGUCCUGCUCAUGACAAGUAUCAGUGUGGACCGUUUCCUGGGGGUUGUCUACCCGGUGCGGUCUCUCCCCUGGCGCACAGUGAAGCGAGCCUGGCUGGUGUGUGGUGCCAUCUGGGUCAUCUCAUUGGCCAUCACUGUGCCCCUUCUCAUAAGAGAACAAACCCAGAAAUUGUAUAAACUAGAUAACAUAAUUUGUCAUGAUAUUCAGUACAUUAUGUUUCAUCUGGAUUUCUAUUUUGAUUAUUUGAUCACUGUUAUCUCACUUUUCUUUUUCUUACCGUUAUUCAUCACAACUUUCUGUUACAUUAGAAUCAUCCGCAGUCUCAGCAGAUCACAAUUUGAUCGCACCCAUAAGAGAUCACGAGCUAUCCGCCUAUCCGUGAUUGUACUGAGUGUGUUUGUCCUUUGCUUUGGCCCCUCCAAUGUCAUCUAUUUAAUGCAUUAUGUGCAGAUGUAUAAGAGUGAGGAUCGCUCUCUGUAUAUUCCCUACAUUGUUUCUUCUGGUAUCAGCACCAUCAACUGUUGUCUGGAUCCUCUUAUCUAUUAUUUUGCAUCCUCUGAGUAUAAGAGAUACAUCUACAGCUUUCUGCACUGUAAGAAAGAUUAUCGCCCUCCAGUAAAAUAGAAGUCUAUCCUUAACCCCUUGUCUACUGGGAAAUAUUACCCCCUUCCUGCCCAGGCCAAUUCCCAGCUUUUAGUUCGCACUUUGAAUGACAAUUGUGCGGUCAUGC